GCCAUGAGUGACGAAGUGGAAGACGUGAAGAAGUGGUGCGAUAUUGCAUUGGUAAUGGCGUUGAUCGGCUCCAUGGAUAUUGAGAUUGAGGCUGCUAGAGCCAAUGUGCGCGCUAUCAGGCACCGUCUCGUCGCGAACAGCGUGACGCUCAACGCGAUAACGUUGUCAUCGAGGCGUGCGUCGAGGCGAGUUUGGGCAUACCCACGAUUCUCUCGCUGGUUUGAAGACACGCUCCCAAACCUAGGAGGGCAGAACUUCCGGCAGUCAUUCAGAGUUUCGCGUACAACGUUCAAAUAUCUCGUAGACAUCUGUACGCCAGUAAUGCAACGAGAAACUAUGAACAUGCGGGAGGCGGUGUCUGUGCAAAAAAGGGUCGCUGUUGCUCUCUACAAGUUGUGUUCCUCUGCUGAAGAUAGAACAGUCGCCAAUUUGUUUGACCUGGGCAGGUCGACGGUCAAUACAAUAUAUAGAGAAUUUUGUGACAUCGUCGUGGAAGCCCUGGAAGAUCAGUGGGUCAGGAUGCUUGCAGCUGAUGAAAUGACCGACCACAUACGGGAAUUUUAUGCCGUCACUGGCUUCCCUCAGGCAGUUGGAGCACUAGAUGGCUGCCAUUUCCCUGUCUCGCCUCCCAAAGAAAAUGCCAUCGACUACUACAAUUACAAAGGCUGGUACAGUGUGAUCUUAUUGGCUUUGGUCGACCACAAAUAUCGCUUUCGAUUCAUCAACGUCGGUUCCCCAGGCAGGUGCCACGACGCCCAUGUCUACCACAGCUCAAGCUUGCCAAGCAUUGUGACAGGCCCGACAUUUCGGAGCCCAACAAUUUGUGUGAACAGUGUUGUUGUGCCACCAUUGAUCUUGUGCGAUCAAGCAUUCCCGCUGACGCCCAAUCUGAUUAAGCCUUUCCCUGGUUCCACCAAAACCUCAGCCGAAAAAGAGUUCAAUUAUCAGCUCUCAAGGUCUAGGCGAAUUGUUGAAAAUGCCUUCGGAAGACUCAAGGCCCGUUUUAGAUAUGUGAUGAAGCGUAUGGAGUGUGAGGUCACCAACGUUGCAGUUGUUAUAAGAGCGUGUUGUGUGUUGAACAAUAUUUGUGAACAUUUCAAUGAUACUGUAUCCCAACAGUGGAUAAAUGAAGCAGAGCUCCAGAACACACUGUACGAGCAACCACACCACACCACAGGCAUACAAGUUGGAUGUGGCAGAGAUGUCAGAGAUGCACUCGUGCAAUACUUUCAGCAGCACGGAAGUCAUUAGAUUUAAAUCGAAUCGGGCAUGCAACCGGAAAUAAUUUAUUGCUCUAAAAGACGCCAAGAAGCUUCAGCUGGAGGCUCACUAGGUUUACUAGACUGCUUUAAAGGCACCAUU